CAUCCAAUGCAACUGCAGCACCAAUUUCAUCAACAAAGACAUCAUCAGAACUAUCAAAACAAUUUUCGACAUCAGAACCGAUACCAUGAGAACUAUGACAAUGAGGACGACUACUCGGGUCUUAUGACACAGCGUGAGAAGGAAUGGCUCAUAAAAAUCCAACAAUUCCAGACUGAGUUGAAGGACCCGUAUGUCGACGACUACUAUUAUGUGACAUAUAUUUCCCGACAAAUCGCUGCCAAAGCGGCCUCUGAUAAGGACAAGAAGACAACGCCGUCUCUACUUCUGCCCGAACGACCGAAAACUGUGUCUGAGUCGGAAUCUGUGAAAUAUACUCCGGAACAGUUUGAGGGAACCCUCGGCAAGAUCCAGGUGUCCAACGUGAACUGUCCCCGAAAGCUAUUAGACUGUCCACUAAGCAAGACAUCUGUCGCCACAGAUGACACCAACAGUGAUAACAAAAUAAUAGUCAAUAAGAGUGAGGUUCAGAGGUUUAGAAAACUGUUACUCGAUAUCGAGAAACUGUAUGUCGUCCUAAUCAACAUCGACGACGAGGACAAACGUAUCGGUGCUCUCCCACCAGACGCACAGAUACCACACCUCGAGACUAGAAAACAACUGUCCGAUAAGCUGUUUAGAGGACUCACUAAUGAAACGAAUGAUAAGAUAAAUCCAGAAGUAAUUCAAAUAAAGAAGGGAUUGUUUCUGUUGUUUCGUUCGUUGAGUUACUUAUCGGAUGAGAACCAAAGAGCGGUUAUAAUGAGUGAUCUCUUGAAUGCAAAUAACUUUAGGCAACAUAUAAUGAAAUCGAAAAAUAGAGACCAAUUCGGACACUAUUUAGUGAAUGCCAUCCAAGACAUCAAUAAUCAUGAAGUGAUUCUCAAAAUUGUUUCCAACAUUAAUAACAUGUCUGUUGUGAUCAAAUCAGAGCGUUGGGCGUCAACUAAUUGCCUACCAGUGCUCUACUCUAUUCGUUUUGAUUAUAAAAAUCGCGAAUCGUGUGACUCGUCAAUCAAAAUACUUUCGCCCGUUUCCUACGAGUUCAACGAUAUGUUGCCUUUUUUCCAGAGACUGUGUGUCCAGGGGUUUACGACACCCCCGCACACCAACCCCGAUCAGACCCAACCAAAAGUGUUGCAAUCAUUUGAUUGGUUUUAA